AUGGCCGAUAUCAAACAAUUGAAAGCUAAGCGUAGCAAUAUCAAGGGUCGUUUAACGAAGUUUAAAACGUAUCUAGAUGAUUUUUCCGAAUUAGAAAAUGUUACGGUUUUAGAUCUAAAUAAGUUAUCGUUAAAAUUAUCGAGAAUACAGACAUUGUUGAAUGAGUUCGAUGAGGUGCAGGGUCAAUUGGAAAUUUGUGAAGGAUGUAAUCAAGCUGAGGAAUUAGAUAUUCGCGAUUCUUUUGAGCAGGAAUUUGAUAAUUAUAUUUCGGUAGCUCAAAACUUCAUAGAUUCUAAUUCGGCCGCUAAAGAAAUGCACUCACCGUGUAAAGCAAAUUUGAGUACUUCGCAAUGUAAUCCGGAUAAUAAUAACAUGCUAGGUUUUAAAUUGCCGGUAAUAAAAAUACCUACCUUUGACGGCACAUAUUUUAAAUGGCUCGAAUUUAAGGAAACCUUUAUUUCUUUAGUCCAUGCAAAUGAUAGUGUCAAAAAUAUUCACAAGUACCAUUAUCUUCUCUCUUAUUUAGAAGGGGAAGCUGCGCGCGUUCUUUGCAAUUUAGAAGUAAGUGAUGCGAACUACUCCGAGGCUUGGCAACUUCUUUGUAAGCGUUAUGACAACAAAAGGCAAUUAAUUAAUAAUCACCUAAAGGCAUUGUUCAGCAUUGAGUCCGUGCGAGAGACCGACAAGUCGCUUCGUUUUAUUGUUGAUCAUGUUAAUAAAAACUUGCGGGCUCUCCGCACCUUGGGACUGCCUGUCGAGCAGUGGGACGUGCUUGUUAUAUAUAUGGUAACAACAAAAUUAGAUAGUACUACUUAUUAUAAAUGGGAGGAAACUAGAACCACAUUGCCGGAAAUUCCUACCUUAGAUCAUUUUUUUGAAUUCCUAAAGAACCGUGCAAACGUUUUAGAGACCGUCAGCAGACAACGACAAGAUAAACCUAAAAUAUUGCCCCCUCCUGCUCAGCCUAGGUCUCAGACUAAAUCCUUCGCCCUGACUACUAAACAUACUGCACCGUCGGCCUCUGGGCCUCCUAUUGAAUGUUUGUUAUGCAAGGGUGCUCAUCGUCUUUAUGAAUGCACCUCGUUUCGGAAUAAAACUGCCGAGGAGAGGAGUACCAUAGUAUCUAAAUUAAAUUUGUGUGAAAAUUGCCUUAGAUCUGGUCAUAGGGUACAAAGGUGCAGGCUGCCGGGUUCUUGUCGUUCCUGUAAACAAAAGCACAAUACAUUAUUGCACACCUUGGACCCGACCGAAGUGCCCAGUACUGGCCCUACACAAUCCCAUACCCAAAGCUUAGCAGCUAUCGCCAAUACUAAUGGUACUAAUUCUGAGGUUCUAUUAUGCACUGCUCAGGUGCAGUUAAUGAACCCCGAUACUAACCAAGUGCUAACAGUGAGAGCUCUUCUUGACAGCGGGAGUCAGUCUACGUUUAUUACUGAAAAGGUACAAAGUGAAUUAAAUUUGACUCCUCAGCCUACUAAUGUCAGUGUGCUCGGACUGUCAGACACCCCAUUGGCCAUUCAGGCGAAACGUUGCGCUCUCCAUUUUCAGUCACUCACUGACCCGUUCAAGAUUAGUAUAGUGUGUCUAGUUAUUCCAAAAAUAGCUGAUAAAUUACCCAAGGUCACACUAGAUUCCAGUCAGUUCGAUUUCUCUCAAUUUCAACUAGCAGAUCCUAGAUUUUUUGAACCAUCCUCCAUUGAUAUGCUCAUUGGUGCUGACCUAUUUUGGGACUUAAUAGGUUCCUCUCAGCACUCGUUAGGCCCUAGUAAGCCUAUUCUUAGGAGCUCUAAAUUAGGAUGGCUCAUUGCAGGUCCUUUGCCUACUUUACCAAAAAUUAAGAAUAACAAACUGAACAAAGUUACACAUUGUAACUUUGUUAUGAAUGAGGUAAGUACCUCGCCUAAUAUCGAUGAAGAACUACAGAGAUACUGGGAGCUAGAAAACGUCCCACAAUCUCAUCCCUUCACCAAAGAAGAAAGGCUUUAUGAGCAGCAUUUUCUCACAAAUACCUACAAGCUAGAAAAUGGUCGCUUCUGCGUUGGGCUUCCUCUGCGUGGGGAGAAGGACAGCUUAGGCGACUCGUACUCAUUGGCAAAGAAACGGUUUGCGAGUUUGGAAGCCCGCUUCCGCAAACAACCCGAGCUUAAAGAGGCGUAUGCAGAUUUUAUUCACGAAUACGCUGAACUCGGCCAUCUAUCGGAAGCGCCAGACCAUAGACCGGGAAUUGCUUACUAUCUACCUCACCAUCCUGUUAUCAGGACUAAGAGUGAGUCGACGAAGCUCCGUGUCGUUUUUGACGCGUCAGCGCCUAGUACUUCAAGAGUAUCCGUAAAUGACCUACAAAUGGUAGGUCCUGUCAUUCAGGAUUCUUUAUUUAAUAUACUUGUGCGUUUCCGGCAGUUUAAAUACAUAAUUUCCGGGGACAUCGAAAAAAUGUACCGUCAGGUGCUUGUUAGAGAAACUGAUCGAGACAUGCAACUCAUCCUGUGGCGUGACAACGAAGACGAGCCUAUGCGCAUUCUAAGAUUAAAUACAAUUACCUACGGUUUUUCAAGUGCUAGCUUUCUCGCUACUAGAUGUAUCUGGCAACUUGGCGAUGAAUGUGCUGACCCUAACAUAAAAACAAUAAUUCAAAAGGACUUCUAUUGCGACGAUUUGUUAACCGGAGCUGACGAUGAAGAAGCUUUGAGAUACAUUCAGCGCCAGGUUUCAGCUAGAGAAAUAAAUGACUUCUUUAAAACCAACAAUGAUCCAAUUUGUGACUUUGCAGCUCAGCGAAACAUUCAAUUUAAAUUCUCUCCCGCGUACGCUCCUCACUUCAAUGGUCUCGCUGAGGCCGGAAUUAAGUCGGCAAAAUUCCACAUUCGACGUAUUUUAGGUCAGACUCAUCUGACAUUCGAAGAACUGUCUUCCCUAUUUACACAAGUCGAAGCUAUCCUCAAUAGCCGACCCUUAUGUCCCCUCAGUCCCUCAGUCGACGAUUUCCAGCCGCUUACACCGGGUCACUUCUUGAUUUUCAGACCACUUACGUCAUUACCGACUGCAAACUAUGGCGACAACAGUGCUCCGCUCCGCGACAGAUUCCAGCGCGUUGAGCAAAUGCGUCAACAUUUUUGGACGAGAUGGUCGCGCGAAUAUAUAUCCGAGCUGCAGCAACGCACAAAAUGGCGCUUCAAAGACCGAAACUUGCGCCUAGAUGACUUGGUGCUAAUAAAGGACGAGUCUCCGCCGCUUUGCUGGCGCCAAGGCAGAGUCAUCAAACUGUUCCCUGGCCCUGAUGGGAUAACGCGCGUUGCAGACGUGAAGACCGCUGGUGGAACCAUUCGUCGAGCCCUCAACCGCCUCUGCCUGCUACCCGUCGACGACUAA